AUGUCUGCGGUCACCCUGUAUGGGGCCUGUGGCCUGUGGGUUGUAUGGAUAGUCGUUGAGGUGAUAUCCCCUCUUCCGACUUCUAACUCUACUCUCACUACUCAUAUUCCGGCUGCAGGGUGGGAGAUCAUCUCCAAGAUGGCACCUCCUACCACAGCCAAAAGACCCUUGGUUAAACCUCCAAAAGUCCGAUACUUCAAGAACAAACCUCUAGCCGAUGUACCCUCCGACUCUGACGAAUCGGGAGAUGAAGCUCCUGUUCAGCAAGAACCUAUCAAAGUCGAUCCGAAUUUGGUGGCAGGGGGAGCUGGACGUCUUAUUACUUCGAAAGAUCUCAAAUCUCGACCUCAGAUGAAGGUCGCUUUGCGGGAUGUGAAGGUGGAAGGGGGAAAGCUUUUGAUCGGGGGUGAAGUGGGUAGACCUAUGAGACCUCCUGUCAAAAAGGAGGAGGAAGAAGAAGAAGAUGAGAGUAGUGAAGAAGAAGAGGAGGAAGAGGAUGUUGAACCGGCUCCAGGAGAAGAGUCAAGUGAAUACGAAACGGAUUCUGAAGAAGAAGAAGAAGUCAAAAAACCUGUAUUUAGACCAGUGUUCAUCAAGAAAGAGAAUAGAGGGAUGACACAGGAGAAAGCGGCUGCAAUGGCGGAAGAAGCAGCUAGGAAGGAAGAGGAGUUGAGGGAACAGAGAAAGUUGGAUAGUAAAGAUUUAGCUGGAGAGACCAUACGUAGGGAACUAGCAGAGAAAGAAGCGACAGACCUUCAACCCGAAGUGGACGAUACAGACGGUCUUGAUCCCGCGGCAGAAUUUGAAGAAUGGAGAGCUCGAGAACUCGCACGUCUAUUAAGAGAUAAACAAGCUCAAGCUGCUAAAGACGAGGAGAAGGAAGAAAUCGAGAGACGAAGGGCUAUGCCGGAAGAACAACGUCUUAAGGAAGAUUUGGAGUAUGCGGAAGCUACGAGAGCGAAGGAAAAAGGUCAAAUGGGAUUUUUACAGAAAUAUUAUCACAGAGGAGCUUUUCAUUUGGACGACGAUUUGCUCAACAGAGAUUAUACUUUGGCUACGGAGAAUGCUGUGGACAUGUCCAUGUUACCGAAAGUACUUCAAGUACGAGAUUAUGGAAAGAUGUCUCGAUCGAAAUAUACACAUUUGGCAGAUCAAGAUACCUCUCAAGGAGGCUGGGGGACGGCAGCGAGGGCAGGUCCGGCUGUUCCAGGUGCAAUGGGCACGAACAAUACGGGAUGUUGGAAUUGCGGCGGACCUCAUUUGCGGAAAGACUGCCCAAACAACAAUCUCGACGAUCCUAUGCGUGGUCUAGGACCUCCCGGUCAAGGAACAAGUGCAAACUCCUCCGCUCUCGGUUAUGGAGUUGCCUCUGGGCCUUCAGGACCCGUUGGGGCAAGACGGUAUGGAGAAGAGGGUCGGGAGAGGAGGUUCGAAGAGGAACGACGAGCUGAUCGAGGGUAUUCAAGCCGGAGAGAUCAUCCAGGAGACCAAGUAGAUAGAGGGCCUCAAAGAGGAACCGAGAGGGACAGAGCGAAUUACCCAGCUUCUGCGCCAGGGAAUGAGAGAGACUGGCGGGAUGAUUCCACAGGUUAUGACGGCAAUGAUCAGAGAGGUAAGGGAGGGCACCAUGACAGAUUUCAAGAUCAUGACAGAGGGUCUGAUAGACCUGAUAAUGGACGACACGAUCGAGAUGGAAGAGCAAGAGAAGAGAGAAAGGGGGAAAGAAGAAGGAGUAGGAGUCGGAGUCGGAGUCCUCGACGAGAGCGAGAUCGUCGACGAUAG